UAACCACUCUUUCAGCGCCAUAACCUGCAAAGCUUGACUUGGGGCCCCGGUUAACCGCAAAUUGUGCUCAAUUUUUCAAAUAAUUGCGAUGGACCUUUAAUAUGUGUGUCUCAAUUGAGUCUAGAUCUCCGCUUAAGGGAAAUUAUGUGAAAACAUUCUCUGUUUUCUUGCCUGUGACAGAAAAUCAACUGCCAGCGAUCAGAAAGGAAACUGGAGACUCACAAGGAUCAGUUGCAGGUUUUAACUGGAAAUUAUCAUGAAUUGUCUGAUUCCAGGCCCAAAUGUAAAAGUGUUAGGUAGAGCAAUUGUGGCCUUGGCCAAAGUUGGAGAUGAGCUUUACAUGGAGGCUAAACCAGAUAAACUUUCCUUUUUAACGCUAAAUCAGGCCAAGACGAUCUGCGCCCAAAUGCACCUGCUGGAUAGUUUUUUCUCCUUAUAUGACAUUGAUCGCCCUAAGCAGCCCCGAAAUGUUCCAAUCUGUUGUAAAGUUCAUGUGAAAACUAUGCUGCAAUUGUUGAAAGGGACCCAACUGGAUAGGAAGUUGGAAUCGCUGAAGAUUGAGCUGAACCCCAACAGCGACUCAAUACAGUUUAAGCUCAAGUAUAAAGUAGAUGAUAUUGUGUUGUCGCAAGUGUUGCACCUUAUGGAGCCCGAAGUAUUGCAGCUUGAUGAUUAUUCCGGCCCCAAAAACAAUAAUAUCUGUGCCGGAAAUGAGUUUUACAACAAUUUGCUAGUGCUUUUUAGCAAUUCGGAUGACGAUAUCACGCUGGAAAUUUCAGAAACUAAGAUGAUUGCCAGAAACUACGUUAAUGGUGCCCCGCAUAAGCCGAAAUCCGUGCGAAGCCAAGUGACUCUCAACAGUUCAGAGUUUGUCCUAUACCGGAUAAGUGAGGCAACCACUAUUAACUUCCCGUUAAAGCCCCUAAGGGCAGCCAUAGCCUUUGCAGACGUUUUCAGCUUGAAUGUUGGCCUGGACUUCGAUAAUGGCGGCAGUCCUCUGUGCGUGACUUUGAAGAAUCCGACGUUUGAAAUGCUUUUUAUCGUCUCCAGUUUCAAUCCUUAUGCGGAUGGACAGUCCAGUACGGGAACAACUUCGCUGCCCACAAGGAUGAAUAGGGUCGCAAAUUCGGAUACUUUGCCGGCCAAUAAGAGCGGAGCUCAACAAGACCUAACACAGGAGGAUUUGUUGGCAAUUGCCAAUGAAGAUUGGCAAGCCUUUGAUGAGCGAACGAAUAAUUCCAAGGCAGCAUUAAGAAGAAUCAGCAAAGAACCGAUCUUUAAUGAAAGUCGCGAAGGAGGAAAGCGUAUUUUAUCCAGUGAAUCCGAUAAAAAUGCGGCAGAGCGAAUAAAGUUGGGGGAAUAUUUGUUUAAAGGCCCAUUUGAAUCGUCCUUUGAAGGCAAUGUUCUGCUUUGGGAAACUGAUUCGGAAUAAUUCCAGCAAGAUCUGUUGUGGUCGUAUGUUUCGUAUAGUGAAUAAUUAUUUAUUUGAAA